GACCACAAAUUAUCCAAAUUUUGACCCAAAUUUGGGUCACUGCCAAAAUAUAAAACCCCGCGAAAAAUAUACUCCCCCUGUCUGAAUCUUAUUCCCUCAAUCAUUCUCUUCUAUUCUUCUUCCACCCCCAAUCGCACCGAAUUGAUCCACCAAACUGUUCAAUUCCCAUCACUACUUUCGGUCAAAACCUGGAGUCAGCCGAGCUGGAGUCCGCACAGCAGGAAUCCCAGUCCUUCAAGCCUCCCGCCGCCACAACCGGAAACGGUCAGAUCAGGUACAGAUCACCGUCGGCCGCCGAACUCCUCCGCGACGGGCAGUCAUCAGCCGCAGGUCAAACCGAUAAGAUGCCGCCAAAGCGCAGCAACAGACAACACGGCGAGUCCCUCUCCGAAAAGAUGCAACGAUUACGAAACCCUAUCCUCACGAUCUCGACGCUUGUACUCCUCAUUUUCCUGGUGCUGUUUCUCCGCUCUCCGUCGUCCGAUUCAGUCGAUUCUUUCACCAACCGUAAAUUCGCCCCCAAUUACCUUUACGGCCGCGGUAGUAGUAAGAGUUACGUUGUCAUUUUCGAUGCGGGCAGUUCGGGCAGCCGUGUCCACGUGUUUUGCUUCGAUCAAAACUUGGAUCUCGUUCACAUUGGCAAAGAUCUUGAGCUUUUCGUACAGACGAAACCAGGGCUGAGUUCAUACGCGAAAGAUCCUAAGGCUGCUGCAGAUUCUCUACUGUCCCUUUUGGAGAAAGCCAAGAGUGUGGUUCCGCUGGAGUUGCAGGACAAGACGCCGGUUAGAGUUGGGGCAACUGCAGGUCUGAGGCUAUUGCAAGGUGAUGCAUCUGAUCAAAUUUUACGGGCGGUCAGAGAUUUUUUGAAGGAUGAGAGCACCUUCAAAACUAAGGUUGAUUGGGUCACAGUUUUGGAUGGAACUCAGGAAGGUGCUUAUCUGUGGGUGACCGUAAACUAUCUAUUGGGGAGUUUGGGUAAGAAGUACUCGGAUACAGUUGGAGUAGUUGACCUCGGAGGUGGAUCUGUACAAAUGGCAUAUGCUAUCUCAGAGACAGAUGCUGCAAAUGCUCCAAGGAUAUCUGAUGGGGAGGAUACCUAUGUGAAGAAAAUGCAUCUCAAGGAAACAGAUUAUUACCUCUAUGUUCACAGUUACUUGAACUAUGGUUUAUUAGCCGCUCGGGCUGAGAUUUUGAAGGUUGGAAACUCUGGAAACCCCUGUAUCUUGGUUGGAUAUGAUGGGCACUACAACUAUGGAGGAGCAUCUUAUCCUGCGUCAGCUUCUUCCUAUGGUUCAAGCAUGGAAAAAUGUAGGGGAGUAGCUACUAAAAUUCUCAGAGUUAAUGAACCAACAUGUACACAUAUGAAAUGCACGUUUGGUGGGAUAUGGAAUGGUGGAGGUGGGGACGGACAGAAGAAUUUAUUUGUUGCUUCAUUUUUCUUUGACAGGGCUGCUGAGGCUGGCUUUGUAAAACCAAAUCUGCCUGUAGCCAAAGUUCAUCCUAUGGAUUUUGCGAAUGAAGCUAAACGGGCUUGUGAAACAAAUUUUGAGGAUGCCAAAUCGAGAUAUCCACAUGUGGAAGAGGAUAACUUGCCAUACUUGUGUAUGGAUCUUGUGUACGAGUUCACAUUGCUUGUAGAUGGGUUUGGUCUAGAUCCAGAGCAGGAGAUUACAUUGGUAAAGAGAGUUGACUACCAAAAUUCCCAAGUUGAAGCAGCAUGGCCUUUAGGCAGUGCAAUUGAGGCUGUUUCAUCGUCGACAUAACCGGUGAUCACAUUGGUCGAUUAAUUGAUUGAUCCAAUUUUGGUUCCACUGCUUUCUUUGGUCAAUUAAUGGCCCUAUUUGCCAGCAGAUAUGUGACCCUGUUUGAGCUCAGCAGUAUCCAGUUGACCACGUAAAUGAAUUUGUGGCAAUAUAUGGAAGAACAAGAAAUCUCAUUAUCAUUUAUAUUUUACUUGUAAUCAAGUUUCAUUUAUAGCUAAUUUUUAACUUCGAGAAAGGAUUACUGGUGGCAUUUAAAUUGAUUUUAUUCACCUGACUGGAGAACUACAAUUUCAACGCAGAUUGAUUUAUGUUUUCCUUAA